UCCUCAUCUGCCGCUACGUGUUUGUUGAUUCUCCAUCAUGGAGUCCUGUCUGCCCUGCACCCUGAAGGAGUUCCUCUGCGCUCUGCUGGCCGCUCUGCUCCUGCUGGGCACCGUCGCGUCUGCAGAAGAAGGCAAAAACUCCCAAUGCCACAACUACGCUGGAGGACACGUCUACCCCGGAGAGGCGUUCCGCGUGCCCGUCUCUGACCAUUCCCUGCACCUCAGCAAAGCCAAGAUCUCCAAACCUGCUCCACACUGGGAAGGAACAGCCGUCAUCAACGGUGAAUUCAAAGAACUGAAGCUUUCUGACUACAAAGGCAAAUAUCUCGUCUUUUUCUUCUAUCCCUUGGAUUUCACAUUUGUCUGCCCCACUGAGAUCAUUGCAUUCAGCGAUCGUGUGCACGAGUUUCAGGCCAUCAACACAGAAGUGGUCGCCUGCUCAGUGGACUCUCAGUUCACACAUUUAGCAUGGAUCAAUACUCCAAGGAAACAGGGUGGACUCGGUCAAAUGAAAAUUCCACUACUCUCUGACCUUACUCAUCAAAUUUCCAAGGAUUAUGGAGUCUACCUGGAGGACCAAGGACACACACUUAGGGGUCUCUUCAUCAUUGACAACAAGGGCAUCCUGAGACAGAUCACCAUGAACGACCUUCCAGUAGGAAGAUCUGUAGAUGAAACCUUGAGGCUGGUUCAGGCAUUCCAGUAUACCGACAAACACGGAGAAGUGUGUCCAGCAGGAUGGAAACCAGGCAGUGACACAAUCAUUCCUGACCCUUCAGGCAAGCUGAAGUACUUUGAUAAAUUAGACUGAACUUUACUUCCUCACUCUGUGAAAUCCAUCCAAGUUCAAAUAAAAUUUGUUUUCUUAAA